GUGCAUAUAUCAUUACCUAAAAAAAGGUAUUACAUUAAUUUUCAGAAGAUAAUGCCAAAAUUUUUCUAGUUUCUUACUUUCUUUAACCUUACUCGGUGUAGAUUUGCUCAUUUGCUAGUGAACUGAUGACAAAAUAUAAACACUAAGGACUCAAAUAGCUACUUAACCAAAUAUGGAAGAUAAGAAUGUAAACCUACACUCUAAAAAGGUGAUCUCGUGUUUCCGCUGUGGGCCGCCGACCAAAACUCUCCCAUCCAUCAGCCACUUCACACUGCACUUUUUCUUUCACACAGUCACACAGUGGUGGCCACUUCUUCUUUCUCCUUCGCUCACAACCACAAACCUCAAAAACCUCCAGCUUCCUUACUUCCUUUUUGUUCAUGCCCAACUGAAACCACCAGAACCAAACAAAACAAUUUCCACUAUAUACUAUACCCCGUGAUUCUUCCACUACCUUUGUGGUUUAAAAAAAUUCCACCAAUUCUUCUUAGGAAAAAUAAAUAUAUUCUUUAUCCCAGGUUAAUCCAAUUCCAAAACACCAAUUGACGCAUUUAUUGUUGGAUUUUGACAGAUACUGAAAUAUAUUUUUUCCCCAAAAAAUAAUCGAAAAUGUAUUUCAAAAAGGCUAUAAAACCUCAACAUCAUCAACCCAAUUCCAAGAGAUUCAUCGUAUUAUUAAUGGCUACAUUUCUGUCCAUGUGCAUUGGUUCCCUCGUCUUAUUCUUCUCUCUCUCCACCGCCCUCCGCCACCACGGCCACCACAACAACCAUGAUCAUUUCGUCGGAGCCCCAACUCAGCCCAUUUAUAACCCCUCAACCAAUGGGUUCAUAAGCGAAGCCUGCAAAGCUUCGAGAGACCCGCCCACCUGUGAAUACUCGCUGUCGUCUUCAAGCGGCGGGCCUCCGUAUCAGACACUUUUGGAUACUAUCCAAUUAGCUAUUUGGGUUUCUCAGAAAAACCUCAGAAUUGCCCAAUCCAUGGUGAGUGAUAUCCUUGCUGCUUCCGCAGGGAAUUUGAACCGGAGCAACGCGGCAAAAACGUGCUUGGAGGUGCUGAAUUAUUCCGAUUACCGGAGUAAUCUGACGGCAGCCGCUUUGCGAGGCGGCGGGAUAAAGGAUUCACGGGCGUGGAUGUCCGCGGCUUUGGUUUAUCAGUACGAUUGCUGGUCUGCUUUGAAGUAUGUUAACGGGACAUCAAAGGUGAAUGAAACGAUGGCGUUUCUGAACGAUUUGCUCGGAUUGAGUAGCAAUGCUUUAGGAAUGAUGCUGAACUUUGACAACUUUGGCGAGAAAACGGAGCUUUGGACCGCACCCAAGACUGAGCGUGAUGGGUUUUGGGAGAGGGUUGAUGGGUCGGGCGGAGGUUCCGGGUUCGGGUUUAAGGGUGGAGUGCCGGCUAUGUUGAAACCGGACGUCACUGUGUGCAAAGGAGGCGGGGGUUGUGAUUAUGCCACGGUGCAGGAGGCGGUUAACGCCGCUCCAGAUAACGCCCCAGAACGGCGGUUUGUGAUUUUGAUCAAGGCCGGAGUUUAUGAGGAAACAGUUCGGGUCCCGUUGGAGAAAAAGAAUGUGGUGUUCUUGGGUGAUGGAAUUGGUAAAACGGUGAUUACUGGGUCGGGAAAUGUAGGCCAGCCCGGCGUUUCAACUUAUAAUUCUGCCACCGUAGGUGUUGUUGGUGAUGGUUUCAUGGCUAGUGGUCUCACCAUUCAGAAUACAGCAGGUCCUGAUGUUCAUCAAGCAGUAGCCUUUAGAUCGGAUAGUGAUCUUUCAGUUGUAGAAAACUGUGAAUUCCUCGGCAAUCAAGACACCCUAUAUGCACAUGCUCUACGCCAGUAUUACAAAUUGUGUCGCAUUCAAGGAAAUGUUGAUUUUGUAUUUGGAAAUUCGGCUUCAUUCUUUGACAGUUGCCUCAUCCUUGUCGCUCCAAGGCAAAUAAACCCCACAAAGGGGGAGAAAAAUGCCGUGACUGCUCACGGGAGAAUCGACCCUGCCCAGUUCACUGGAUUUGUGUUUUUAGGUUGUGUGAUAAAUGGAACUGAAGAAUACAUGAAACUGUACUACAGCAAGCCCAGUGUGCACAAAAACUACCUAGGACGGCCAUGGAAGGAAUACUCUAGGACGGUAUUCAUCCAGAGCACAUUGGAGGCUCUCAUUACACCUGAUGGAUGGUUGCCAUGGAGCGGGGAUUUCGCCUUGAAAACCCUUUAUUAUGGGGAAUUUGACAAUGUUGGAUCUGGGGCUAAUAUCUCGGGGCGUGUUUCCUGGAGUAGCCAGAUUCCAGCUGAAUACAUGAACAGAUAUUCAGUGCAAAAUUUCAUUCAGGGUGAUCAGUGGAUACCUACUUCUGGAUAAAAAAAGGUACCCAAAUGUGUAAAUUCCAUAAGCUCUGAAGUGGAAAUUUUUAUGUUACUUUCAGAGUAACAACUAACAAGGGAGUUAAAUGAUCCCUUUGUGCAUCAAGAUCUGGUUGUGGUUGUUGUUGUGCUGAUGAGGUGAAAUAUUAGUUCAUUUAGCCUUAUUAUAUAGGACGCGGGAAAUUGAUUGUAGCAGUUGAUUCUGAUGAAUUAACCCGCCUACUUUACACAUUGGAAAUUUUUUAGAAAUAGUCUCUGUCUAAUUAAUCGAUUUUAUGACCCUGCGCAAGGAUGGCGCACACACGAAUCUUAUGAGCCUAAACCUAUUAGUUCUACCAUUGGAUCAUGAUUCGAUAAACAUUUGGAAAAAGUGGUUAAGAUAUGGACUAUGGAGCAUUUUCUUUGAUAGAGGCAGAAUGUACUACUCACCCCAUGUGACGUGUAUUUUGCAAUUUCGUUCAAAAAAGAAGAAGAAACAUUGAAAUAGUGGACGAUUAAAAUGAAAUGUUUAUCCAAAAGCUGUAGACCAGCCAUGUUAAGUUUUUCCAAAGUGGAACAUGUACUAUAAGAUAGAUGUUUGGCCACUAUGGCAGGAUAGUGCCGACUGCACAUACCGUAUGCUUACGGUUGUGCUCUCAUGGGCCACAAGAAGGGG